CGCCUUCGACCCCACCCUUUACAUUGCCACUCUUUCAAGUCCCAACUUGAACCAACCUAACUUCAUGCGGCCGAAACGAUGUUGAGAAACAAAGUAAGAAUGCGCGGAGGAAGGGGCUGCGCUUUAAAGUGACUACAUUAUCUACGCCUUUUUGUUUUGUUUUUGUUUUUUUUGCUCUCGGUGAUGUGACUGGAAAACCCCCCUUUACCCACAAGGACCAUGGACGACAACGACAUCUUCGAGAUGGACUCCGUGGCUGACACAGAGGAGAUGGAGGCUGAUACUGAGCUGGGCAUGAUAGAUGACGAAGUUGUUUACCCCCAGGAGUUCUUACCGACAUAUGGAACCAUUAAGGAAGGAGCAACAGUAGCCAAAGCACAGCUGGUAGAGUUUAAUGACAAACCGGACUCCUUAUUCUUCAACGAUGGCGUGAGGAGGAUCGACUUCAUCCUGGUCCAUGAGGACGAGGAUAAGAAGGACUUCGAGAAGAGGCACACGUUCCAGCGGCGCAAGAGGCGGCGGGAGUACUUCGAGGCCAGCCUGAUGAAGAUGGGGCUGGAGCUGGAAGCCACACAAUCUGUAAUCAAUGAGAAACUGCUGUUUGUGAAAGUCCACAUGCCGUGGGAAGUGCUGUGCACCUACGCCGAGGUCCUGCACAUCAAGGUUCCCAUCCAGCCCAACGACCUGUCCUGCCGCCCCUCCCCGUGGCGUUAUCUCUCUUUCCUCACCAAGCACUUCUACCCCAGCGAGGAACUGAUCACCAAGGAGGCCGAGUACUUCACCGCCGCCUUUGAGAAAAACCGCCUGGACUACUUCUACAUAAAGGACAAAGACGCCUUCUUCACUCCGUCCAUGAGGAGCAGGAUGGCGUACUACAUCCUGAGUCGUGCCCCCUAUGAAAUACGGGGGAACAUAAAGAAGUUUGGCAUCACCAAACUGCUGGAUGGUGGAGUGUACAAGGCUGCCUAUCCCCUUCAUGAUUGCAGAUUCAAUGUCAAGUCCAAAGAGGACAGCUGCCCCAACGAGAGAUAUCUGCUCUAUCAAGAAUGGGCUAAUCCCAAAAGCUUCUACAAGAUGCAACCACUUGACCUCAUAAGGAAGUAUUACGGGGAGAAGAUUGGCAUUUACUUUGCCUGGUUGGGUUUCUACACAAUAAUGCUCGCUCUGGCCGCUGCUGUGGGAUUGGGUUGUUUCAUUUAUGGAUACAGGACUCAAGACACCAGCACCUGGAGCAAAGAGGUGUGCGACCCUGAAAUUGGAGGGCAAAUUGUGAUGUGUCCACAGUGUGACAGAGAAUGCAAAUACUGGAGGUUGAACAGCACCUGUGAAGCUUCGAAAAAACUUUGUAUAUUUGAUAACUUUGGAACCCUGGUAUUUGCAGUUUUCAUGUCAAUCUGGGUAACUUUGUUCCUGGAGUUUUGGAAGCGCUACCAGGCCGAGCUGGAGUACGAGUGGGACACUGUGGAGUUUCUGGAGCAGGAAGAGCCGCCUCGCCCAGAAUAUGAAGCCAAAUGUAUCUAUGAGAGGAAAAACCCAGUCACAGGGGUAAAAGAAACAGUUCCCUAUACAGCAUGCGGACGGUGCUUUCGGGUGUCGUUAGGAAUUGGGACUGUCGUAUUCUGGAUUUUUUUGAUCCUGGCGUCCAUUGUGGCCAUCAUUGUCUAUCGCCUGGCAGUAUUUUUUGCCUUCUCAGCUAAACUCAGGACUCAGGACCUGAGGGAGCUGGAACCCCUAAAAGAGUAUGUGACGCCGCAGAUGGCCACGUCCGUCACAGCCUCCCUCAUCAGCUUUGUUGUAAUCAUGAUCCUCAACAUUCUGUAUGAGCGGGUCGCCAUCUGGAUCACCGAUUUUGAGCUUCCACGGACCAAGACAGACUACGAGAACAGCUUGACUCUCAAGAUGUUCCUCUUUCAGUUUGUCAACUAUUAUUCCUCCUGUUUCUACAUCGCCUUUGUCAAGGGGAAAGCAGUUGGUUAUCCUGGAGACCCCGUCUAUCUCUUGGGAAAAUACCGGAACGAGGAGUGUGAUCCUGGUGGUUGUCUGAUCGAGCUGACGACUCAGCUCUCGAUCAUUAUGGGUGGAAAAGCCAUCUGGAACAACAUCCAAGAGGUCUUGCUACCGUGGUUGAAAAAUCUGAUUUUUCGCUACUUCACCCGUGUGACCUCACAGAAGGUGAUCCCUCGCUGGGAACAGGACUAUGAGCUCCAGCCUGUUUCACAACUAGGACUGUUCUAUGAAUAUCUUGAGAUGGUCAUCCAGUUUGGCUUUGUGACCUUGUUUGUGGCCUCCUUCCCUCUGGCUCCGGUCCUGGCUCUGGUCAACAACCUGUUUGAGAUUCGGGUUGAUGCUUGGAAAAUCACCACUCAAUUUCGCCGCGUGGUGCCAGAGAAGGCCCAGCAUAUAGGGGCCUGGCAGCCUAUUCUUGGAGGCAUAGCUAUAUUGGCUGUGGCAACAAAUGCCAUGAUCAUUGCUUUUACGUCAGACAUGAUUCCACGGUUGGUCUACUACUGGUCUUUCUCUGUGUACCCAUAUGGAAAUUACUCUAAUCACACCAUGCAGGGCUACAUCAACAGCUCGCUGUCUAUAUUUAACACCAGCGAUUUUUCUGACGAAAGCAAGCCCAUGUACAUGUACAACAUCACCACCUGCAGGUAUCGAGACUUUCGGUAUCCCCCCGGUCACCCCAGGCAGUAUGAGUACAAUGUCUACUACUGGCAUGUGAUUGCUGCCAAAAUGGCUUUUAUAAUCGUUGUAGAGCACAUUGUGUACUUUACCAAGUUCGUCCUGUCCUACAUAAUCCCAGACGUCCCGUACACUGUCAAAGAACAAAUCAAACGAGAGAAAUACUUGACGCAGGUUAUCCUCCACGAGACCAACCUCAAGCUAGUGACCAAACGCUUGAAACCAAUCAGUGAAGAGACCCUUAAAGACACAGCGAUGAAGAUGGCAAUGGAGGAGCUGAAUCCUGAUUUCUGACAGUAGAAGAAAAAGUACGGAAGAUGGGACAAGAUCUUCAUCCCUGAUACUGUAUAUACAUACAUCCAUACUUAGUGUAUUGUUGCACCGACCCACAACCAACACUUGGUGAACCAGUGACAGAAUUAACACCGGUAUGGACUUCUGUUAUGAGAAAUGUGUAGCAACCAGUUAGGAAGAAGAUGUUGGGACAAAGAAAGGAGAAACCACUGUUGUUUUGUCAUCACCCCCGCUGUCUGUCCUCACACUCUGGAUUCCCUCAGUGUGUCAGGCCAAAAUGUGUGAAAGGGAAAUGCACCUGCAAUCUUUUUUUUAUGUAGUGAAAACAGAUUUACCAAGAUAAGACAGUGCUAGAGGAGAAACUAGGUGCAUUGAUUUUUGCAGCGCGGUACAGAAAAGAGAAGCAGUGCCUCACACUUUAAGAUAAGAUAAGAUAUGCCUUUAAUAGUCCCACAAUGGGGAAAUUCCAAAAUCUUUGAAGCUCCACACUAAAUAACACAAACCAUUAAGUGUAUUAGGCAUAAAAAAACAGGCAUUUGCUCAUUUGUAAUGGAGAUAGAUCAGUUUUCUGUUAAGAUUUCUAGUUUUAUGACUACAUAUAUACUAUUGCACUGUCUCACUUCGUCCAUUGAGCUACUAGCUGGGGGGCUCGAAGCUUAAAUGUAACCAACAAGUGCCACUGCUGGGUGACUGUUUUAUUCUUAUGCUGUCAUGAAAUAUCAGUAUUAUCAUGUACAAAAAUUGCACCACUUUUGAAGUGAUGAUUAAGAGGUUAUUUUUACUCUUCUAUCUCUGUUACUAGCACUAAAGAGCUGUCAAACACCUCACAAUGUUACACAAGCGAUGACCUAGUUAGAAUAAACAUGGACGACGUGUAAAAGUUUGAUGUACACAAGUUUACAAACCACAAAAAUUAUUUGAAACUGAAUGCUUUUUUAUCAUGACACCAAACACGAUUUAGUGUAGCUUAUAUUUUUAAUUAAAUGAAUGAAUCGCAGCCUUGGUGGUUUAGUUGAUGUGAAUAUAGUCUGUCUCUUUCUUUAUCCAUGUACUCGCAUCUACUGUACCGUUUUGCACAUUGAGUUCUCGUCCUGUGCCACGACCACUGCGCUGCGCGACAUUUGAACUGCAUGUUAUAGGUCAUAUAUCCUGUGAUGUCGGCGACGUGGUCAUUUAAUCUUCUCCUGUGUCGUUGCUAAAAUCCUCAAUACCUCUGUUGUAUUAUUGCCUCGCCCCCUGGUACUAUAGCCACCGUUUAUGUAAACAGUAUCAUAUACCAGCAAUAUCUUAUGAUGCAUAUUUUUCUUGUUUUAUAUAAAGCCAUGAAGUUGUUUUAUAAAAAAAA